UCCGUUCGACGUGUCUGUGGGUAAGGAGGCGGGGCCUCAGCAGAUCAGGGCCUGGGGUCCCGGCCUGGAGGGAGGCAUUGUGGGUAAAACCGCUACCUUUGUAGUGGAGUCCAUCGGCACUGAUGUCGGAGUGCUGGGUUUUGCCAUCGAGGGACCGUCACAGGCUAAAAUUGAGUGUGAGGACCAGAACGAUGGGUCAUGUGAUGUGAGUUACUGGCCGACAGAACCCGGCGAAUACGCCGUCCACGUGACAUGUGACGAGGAAGACAUCGAGCACAGCCCCUUCAUGGCGUACAUCGUCCCUGACAACAACACCAGUGACCCAGACAAGGUCCAGGCAUUUGGGCCGGGGCUUGAAAAGAGCGGCUGCCUGGUCAACCAGCCGGCUGAGUUCACCGUCAAUGCCAAGGAUGCUGGGAAAGGACCGCUGAAGAUCACGGGUCAGGAUGCAGACGGACUUCCCGUGGAGGUGAAGGUGAGGAGUAAAGGCGACGGGCUGUACUCCUGCUCCUACACGCCCACCUCCCCUCUCAAACACACCGUGGCCGUCGCCUGGGGAGGAGUCAGCGUCCCCAACAGCCCCUUCAGGGUGAAUGUGGGAAAAGGAAGUCACCCCAACAUGGUGAAGGUGUUUGGUCCUGGAGUCGAGAGAACUGGACUGAAGGCCAACGAGCCCACACACUUUACUGUUGACUGUUCAGGAGCUGGAGAUGGUGAUGUCAGCGUGGGCAUUAAAUGUGAAGCCAACAUGGUCGGUGACAAAGAGGCUGACGUGGAUUUUGACAUCAUCCCCAACGCCAACGACACGUUCACCGUCAAAUACAUCCCACCUGCUGCGGGAAGACUCACCGUUAAAGUCCUGUUCACAGACAAGGAAGUACCACAGAGCCCCUUCAGUGUCAAAGUUGCUCCUUCGCACGAUGCAUCGAAGGUUAAAGCAGAGGGACCUGGACUGGCUCGCACUGGUGUGGAGAGUGGAAAGCCGACUCAUUUCACAGUGUUGACUAAAGGAGCCGGUAAGGCGCCGCUGGACGUUUCCUUCACCUCUCCCGUCAAAGACUUUGACGUCAUCGACAACUACGACUACUCUCACACUGUCAAGUACACGCCCGUCUCACAGGGGGAUACCACAAUCUCUGUGAAGUUUGGAGGAGAUCCCAUCGCCAAGAGCCCAUUCACGGUCGGGGUGGCCGCCCCGCUGGACCUCGACAAGGUCACUGUGGACAACCUGGAUGGAAGAGUGGAGGUCGAUCAGGUGCAGCAGUUUAUGAUUGACACCAAGGGUGCAGGAGGUCAAGGUCAACUGGAGGUGGCGCUGCUGAGUCCCAGUCAGCGUGCCGUACCAUGUAAAGUGGAGCCUCAGCCCAACAAGGCAGAUGUCAGUUUGGUCCGUUACACCCCCACAGAGGAGGGCCUGUAUGCUGUCAACGUGUCCUACGACGGACACCCCAUCCCUGGGAGCCCCUUCCCUGUAGAGGCCCAGCUGCCUCCAGAUCCAAGCAAGGUGAAGGCUUUUGGUCCGGGCCUGAAAGGAGGUUUGGUGGGGAACCCUGCCGAGUUCACCAUCGACACCAAGGGGGCUGGCACCGGAGGUCUGGGGCUGACGGUGGAGGGGCCGACCGAAGCCAAGAUCGAGUGUUCGGACAACGGAGACGGGACCUGCUCUGUCUCUUACUUGCCCACGGAGCCUGGAGACUAUCUGGUCAACAUCCUAUUUGAGGAGGUCCACAUCCCCGGCUCGCCGUUCAGAGCAGACAUCCAGAUGCCCUUUGACCCCUCCAAGGUGGUGGCGUCAGGGUCGGGCCUGAAGAGAGCCAAGGUUGGUGAGACCAGUGUGGUGAAUGUGGACUGUUCUCGGGCUGGACCGGGUCAACUCAGCCUGGAGGCGGUGCCAGACUCCUCCCCCACCAGCCCCACUGGCUCUGCACCAGGCUCCGGUGUGAAAGCUAAGACGGAGGUGGUGGACAACAAAGACGGAACCUACACGGCCACGUAUGUCCCUCUGACCUCUGGAAUGUACACGCUCCUGCUGAAGUACGGAGGAAAGACCGUCCCUGGUUUCCCCGCCAAGGUGAUGGUGGAUCCUGCUGUCGACACCUCGAAAGUCAAAGUGUUUGGACCCGGAGUGGAGGGACAAGCUAUUUUCAGAGAAGCCUCUACAGAUUUCACGGUGGACGCUCGUCCCCUCAGCCGGCGAGGAGGAGACCACGUGAAGGCCGAGGUCAGGAACCCGUCCGGAGCGCUGACGGACUGUCAGGUCAACGACAUGGCCGAUGGGACGUAUAACAUCGAAUACACUCCUUUUGAGAAUGGCGUCCACAGCGUCCAGGUUCUGUACGACGACACACCGGUUCCCAAGAGCCCGUUCAGGGUCACUGUGUCAGAGGGAUGUGAUCCCAGCAAGGUGGUGGCUACUGGCCCCGGGCUCCAACAAGCCCUGACCGACAAACCCAACAAGUUCAACAUCGUCACCAGAGGGGCGGGUAUCGGGGGCCUCGGCAUCACUGUGGAGGGUCCGUCAGAGUCCAAGAUGUCUUGUAAGGACAACAAAGAUGGCAGCUGCAGCGUGGAGUACGUUCCUUUAACCCCCGGACUCUACGACGUCAACAUCACCUACGGAGGAGAGCACAUCCUCGGAAGUCCAUUCAAAGUCCCAGUGAAGGACGUGGUGGACUCCAGUAAGGUCAAAGUGACCGGUCCCGGCGUGGGGUCAGGGGUCCGGAACAAUAUCCCACAAUCCUUCACGGUUGACUGCAGGAAGGCGGGCGUAGCCCCCCUGGCUGUGGCCGUCACGGCUCCUAAAGGCAUCGCUGAGCCUGUUGAGGUGAAAGACAACGGAGACGGGACCCACACUGUGUCCUACACCCCAUCUGUGGAGGGGCCGUACUCUGUGGCUGUCAAGUACGCAGAGGAGGACGUCCCACGCAGUCCCUUCAAGUUUCGGGUUCUGCCCACUCAUGAUGCCAGUAAAGUGCGAGCCAGCGGCCCCGGGCUGACCAGCGGCGUCCCCGCCAGCUUCCCCGUCGAGUUCAACAUCGACGCCAAGGACGCCGGCCAGGGCCAACUGAGCGUAGUCAUCACCGACCAGGAUGGUAAAACUAAGCAGCCCAGUAUCCAUGACAACGGUGACGGUACAUACGGGGUGUCUUACAUCCCGGACCGCGCCGGCCGCUACACCAUUGUGAUAAAGUACGGUGGCGACGACAUCCCUGCCUCGCCCUACAGAGUCCGUGCCACGGCAACUGGAGACGCCAGCAAGUGCACCGUCACAGGUCCCGGUGUCGGCCCCACGGUGGCCAUAGGCGAGGAGCUGGGCCUCGUGGUGAACGCCAAGGGUGCCGGGAGGGGGAAGGUGAGCUGUGUGGUGGUUCAGCCCGACGGCAGCGAGGUGGAGGCCGAGGUGCUGGAGAACGAGGACGGGACCUUCGACAUCUUCUACACUGCGCCCGCUCCUGGGAACUACGUCAUCUACGUGCGCUUUGGAGGAGAGAACAUCCCGCGCAGCCCCUUCAAAGUCAUGGCUACUGAUGAGGUACCCAUGAUGCAAGAGCAGAUGUCUCAACAGCAAAAGGCCGCUCCCCCUGGAGCUGGGUUUCAGCCCUGGGUACCCCCAAAACACACACAUGCAUAA